AUACUCAGUAACUCAGUGCAACUCAGAGUGACAGGUAUCAGGAAAGUAAUAAGCUGAAUUACAUGUGAGAUCAAACAAGGAGAUGGUUCAGACGACAAGCAUGUUCGAAACUAUGCCUCAACGCGUGCCGACAGGAGGGCUUAGCCCGAUAUCAGAUGAUUACUCUGCCGUUUUCACAGCGGAUUCUUUCGACCUUUCCCUUCUUCCGCCAUCGCAGCUGUACAAGGAGGAGCCGUUCCCCUGGUCGCCGAUAAAGCCCGAGCCCUUAACACAGGAGGAGGAAGACUACCUGAACUUGAACGAAGACAAAUCCGACCACAAACUAUUGCGGGAGGUGCUGAAAGACACCUCCUUUCAGAGGAGGUACAACCUGAUACCCGUCUCCGUCGGGGAGCUCGGCACAGGAUUCAGGGCGGAUAUGGAGGAUGUAUCCAUGGACCUGGCACAGCAGGAAAUCGAGCCGGUCCUGUCCAUGGCGAUGGAACAGCUCAAGACAGAGAUCCACAACACUUGCGCCGUCCUCGGUAUAUCUCGAGAUCCUAGCAAGUGGACUGUGGAAGAGGUGGACACCUGGCUCACUUGGAAUUUGGCACAAUUCAGCCUUGCACUUUCGAUCGCUCAGUAUUUCAAAAUGCCGGGACAUUCCCUGUCUGCCCUGACUGAGCAGGACUUCAUCCAAAGAGCCCCGGAGUGCGGGGGGCUCCUUUUCGCACAGUUGGAACUGUGGAAAGCAGCCGCGAUGGACGAGACUGCAGUCGACGUAAGCGGACUUCUUCACGAAACCACUACCACAAGAUCAGGAUCGUCUUCGGGAGAGCCAUCAGACGAUGAAGACGAAGACGAAAUGGGAGAUUCUUCCCAGGCCUCGCCCAAGAGCAGUUCCAGCCGCAGCGGCGGUGGGUCCCACAUCCACCUCUGGCAGUUUCUCAAGGAGCUACUCGGGUCUCCGGCGACUUACGGCAACUGCAUCCGGUGGGUCGACAGACAGAAUGGCGUCUUCAAAAUCGAGGAUUCCGUGAGGGUGGCCAGGCUCUGGGGCAAGAGGAAGAACAGGCCGGCCAUGAACUACGACAAACUGUCCCGUUCUAUACGGCAAUACUACAAAAAGGGCAUCAUGAAGAAGACGGAGCGGUCUCAACGCCUCGUCUACCAGUUCUGCCACCCUUAUUCCCUUUAGACUUCUCUACCGAUUGUUCAUUCAAUCGUACGAGAAGUCUUUAUGUAAAUAAUUUCCUCUUUCCCGUCCGGGUCGCUUUCAGUUAUAAUUUUUUGUAUAACCGAUGAGCCGAUCAACUCGGGAAAUCAAGUGUAUGCCAUUUUCGGCAAGUUUUGUAAAUAAUUUUUGAAUUUUUUUUUAAUAUUAUCUCAAAUUUUUGGAAGGUAAUUUCCAAUAUGUUCUUUUUGUGUUUAUGUGAUCCAUAAAAGUGGAGCUCACGAUUUAUUUUUGUUUGCUGGCGGAGUAAACGGCCUGGGCGUUCUGACGGGGCCGCGUUAUGUCUGCGCGUUUCCCCGUCUCGUGGCAAGAGCGUCCGCCUCAUAGGUAUUGAAACGUCAGUGACUUGGUUCCCAUAUAUCUAUGAUAUAUUUAUUAUUGUAAGUUCUAUGAACAAACCCUAACAAUGUUGUAAAUAAGAUUAACAAUAUUUUUAAAAACAUACAAAUAAUCUACCUAGGAAAAGGAGAAAAGUAGAAUAGACUAAACUGAAUUUUUUUAAAAUAUACAUUCCAAUGUUUUUACUUUUUCUAGAACAAAAAUAAAAAUUCUAAAGGUGCUGGUUGUCGGGUUAUUUUUCAACGGUGAGUUACACCUUCAUGAUAUUAAAUAUCAUUUAAUGUUUAAUUAGUCAUGUAACAGUAGUUGUAAUUGAUAUUCAAUGACGGUGUUAAUUUAGAAAACAGCCAUAAAAUAUGGCAAAAAAAAUUUUAAUUGAAACUUAUUGUUACCAAUUUUCAAAUUUAUUAUUAUUAUUUGUAUAUAAAUAUUUUGUUUAAUGAUCUUUCAAUAAAAGUAUAUUUUUAAACAAACACCUGAAUUAAUUUAUAUCUAGUAACUAGAAUAAAGCCAUGACUUAUUUUUUUGCUCACAUAUAUUUUUCUAUAUUUUAUAAAGGAAAAAUACUUUUUUAAUGUGAUUGUUUUGUUACUCAUUUUAUUCAAAGUUUAUUGUGUAUCUUUUAUUAAAA